UGUAUGAAGGAAAAAGGUUACGACCCAAGGAAGAACAAGAUGAGUGUGUUGGACGAACAUUUCCGGCUUACUUCUGAACUGAACCCUACAAAGAGAUAUGGAGUCAACCUCAGAGACAGACACAAGGAGAUUAACAUUGAUGGAGAUGUCUGUGACUUGGCGUACACCCCCACCAGCAGACCUGUGUUUGACUUUCACAAAGCUUCUCAACCGAAGAAACAAACAGAGCUUUGUGUCCGGGAAACACGGUGGACAAUGGACAACUUGGUCAAACUACAUCAGGACUUGCAGAAACUACGAGCCAGGUCAUCCAAAGCGGAGACAUUCUUUGCUCAAGUUGAACAUCGACCUAAGUCUUCCGCUCGUCCAGAAACUCAGCAUCUGCCGAGCUCUCAACCACCGAUGACAGACGAGUCAUUGUACCAGGCGGCCAUCUUGAUACAACGAGUUGUCCACAGCCGAUCUAUGCAGGCGCUGAUGCAGCACAAACGACAUUUCUGGAAGGAGUUGAUGCAGGAAAUUAAGACUCCUGGAGCUUGUGAACCUGAAAGGACAGAAUCUGCAGACAAACAUAUCCUUCAGACUAGACUGGCUGGUGUUUUGGAUAACCUUAUUGGUCUGAACGUGGGAACCAGUAUUGGACAGACUUUGUACCUCUUGGCCACUGAAUUGUUAAGGUUCAAGAAUGAAGGUGUCGCACACUCGCAGGCGCUACAGGCCGAGGCUGCCAGGUGGCGUAGAGAGCUGCCUGAGGAAGGUAGACGGCAACGAGAGAUGAGGCGGCGUGAGGAACACAACCUCAUGUUCACCCAGUUGUUGGAAGUCUACCAAGAGUCAAUCAACGAUUUCCUGACAGGAUUGGUGACACAGGCUCGUGAGGACGAGGCUAAGCUACAAGCUUACGAGCAUGGCAAAGAAGUAGCUCGCCUUGCUGAACUGGACAGACUGAGACUGCUAGAGCCAGUGCCAGAGACGCCGGUGUCAGCUGACUUGUUGUUCCAGCUAAUUGCUCCGGAAGGUCUACGAGAUCUGACUCACACUUGUCUGUUGAUCCUCAAACAAAAGUAUCAAGAGGCUCGGGACACGUUGGUGAGUCUAGGACAGGCCGAUCCUCUCCCCGAGGACAACUCUCGGACACCUUCACAAGAGACUCGGGAGUCAGUGAUGGAGCAAAGGGACAAGUCAGGCGUUGAGGGAGUAUUGAGUGAAAUAGUGGUGGAUCAACUGAAAGAGAUGGGAGGGUCAAGAGAAUAUCUUGAGGAGGUACAAGAGUCAACCUCUUCUGGGAUAACCGUCAUGGAACAGACUUCUGAUGGUUUAUCUGAAGUACCUAACAUGGAGUGUCGCAAGUUUGGUCUUCAAGGUGCGUCAGAGUCUGGCAGUGCUGAGGAGAGACUAGUGGCUCGUGUCAUGAGAGACAUGUGCUAUGUAGCCGGGUCACUGUUACAUACAGCUGCUAAGAUACUAAACAGAGCUGUUCAUUUGGCGGGUAUUCCACAAGAGAGUUUUAAUGAGGCAUUGAGAAGAACAACACUUGUAAUCAAUGGAGCACUUCAACAGGUCAUCAGUUUGAUCUUGCCAAAGAAACCUGAGGAAAAGGAACAGCCUGUCUCUGAAGAACUCAUAAGAGAGGCUUCAAAAAUAGUGGAUGCAAUUUUGCAGAAAGCAAAACACAGAAUUUCUGAAAUGAAAGAGGGAGAGCGACAGAAAAUGGCUGCUAACGAUGCAGAAAAUCAAGCCAAAGUUCUUGUUGAAGAUGUAAUAAAUGAAGCCCAGCAAAAAGUACUGCGGAUAGUUGUGGAAGACUUUCUGGCCGAUUUAAUCCAAGAGGCAAAAAUCAAAGUUCAAAUAGUAAAUGAAAGUUAAAAAAUGUUCUAUGUGUGGGGCCUUUUAUUAAAUAUAACCUAAAACUGAAUAAAAUCAAUAUUUAUUUAUUAUACAAUA